GCCGUGCCUGUCACGCCGCGCAUGCGCAGUGCCCGCCGUGCGGGGCUGCCCGCGGCGCCGCCUGACGGAGCGGGUUUCCCCGGGCCUGGCCUCUCCCUUUUCCUCCUCGGGGCGCGGCGGCGGCCUUGGCCCCGCGAUGGCGGCGUGAGGCGGCGCCGUGAAACACAGCCUGACCACCUGCCUGCCAGAGGAGUUGCUGAGACUGUUCUGGAGCACAUCCGAUUGCUGCUGCCACCAGGCCCCAGCCAACAAGCCACAAUGUACUGCCUGCAGUGGCUGCUACCUGUCCUGCUCAUACCCAAGCCCCUCAACCCAGCACUGUGGUUCAGUCACUCAAUGUUCAUGGGCUUCUACCUGCUCAGUUUCCUCCUGGAACGGAAGCCUUGCACAAUUUGUGCCUUGGUCUUCCUGGCAGCUCUAUUCCUCAUCUGCUACAGCUGCUGGGGGAACUGCUUCUUGUAUCACUGCACAGGAUCCCAGUUGCCAGAAUCAGCUCACGAUCCCAGCAUAGUGGGCACCUAGGAAACAAUCUUCCAGGCUGCUGAGGGCUCAUUUUGCUUUUAAAAGGGGGUGGGCUAGGGAGGAGGGAGGGGGUGUUAGGCAUGUGCCUGGAGUAAAACAGCCGGUUUCCUCUAUCUGCGUGUGGACUACAGUGGUAAAUUCCUCCCACUCUGCCUGUGAAAUUCGACUUGUUUACUGUGUGAACUCUGGCAGCACCACCUGCUGUUUUAGAAGCAGAAAUCUUUUUCCUUCUCAUAUCACUGAGAAGGGACACCAGCCCUCCUGAGAACUGGUGGAGGACCGAGCUGCUGGCCUCUACCCAUCUGCUGUGGAGCAGUGUUGCAUGGCACUCACUUGUCUGCAUUAGGCCACCGUGGUCUAACUCGGGGCGCUUGGCCCACUGAUUCUACUCAAGUAGCUUCAAGAUUCUCUUCACCUUCCUCUGUGGGGAGCCAGCCUUCCCACCUUGCUGAUCAAGGGAAAGUGCUAUAGCUCACAGAUGCACUUGGCCAAAAGCUGCUGAAGCCAGAGGCAGUCGAGUCAUCUCCUGCUCAGCCUGCCAAAGAGAUGUGUGCACUGCCGAAGUGCUUUCUGAACAACUUGUGCUCCGAGAUCAUAGCCUGAAAGCCUCAGUUAUGCUGCUGCUUUUAUAAAUUCUCACAGGUAGUGGAGACUGAUUUUUUUCCCCCCUCCUCCUAGAUUUCCAGGUUUUACCAAGGUGUUGGACUGUUGGAAUAAAGAAAUGGUAUGCUGCAAGAUACGGGGUUGUGAAAGCCACUGUGAACCUCACCCUAUAAAACUCAUGGUAGCCCAGAAGGCCAGGUGUGGGCAGAGCAGGAGAGGAUCUUGAGGCAAAGGCAUGGCCUGAAGCAGUAAAUGCUUCAGCUGUGUUCAGUGGUGGUGUUUUCAGGCCAGAGGUGACAGAAGGUGCUAGUGCUACUGACUGGAGAAUGGAGGAAGCAAGAGGAGUGCCUGGUGUCUCUGUCUCCCCUGGCAGAAGGAUGUCAAGAAGUUGUGGUGGUAGAUCAGGCCUACAGCCACAGCUGUGCAGAGCUCCAUCCUGCAUACAUUAUUCUGUGCAGCCAUGGCUCUUGGGAAGCCCAGCCUAGGGCAGAAGUUUGUGGGAAACAUUAACACAAAGUACUGUCUCUGAACUUUAUAAAGUGUUUCCUGCCCUUUGACAUCUGUUUGUCUUUACUUCAGUCUGGUGAUGGAGAGCAGCAGAAGUGGCUGUUGCUGUCCCAAGGAAGUUCAAGUGAUGAGGUUGUGAAACUUCCAGAGUAUUGUUUGUUCAUUGCACAGCUGUUCAAAACAUUUAAUAAAGCUUUAUAAAUUUGG